GACCCAACCAGGAAGCAGCGCACAGAGACCGUGUUGACGGAUCAUAUGUGGACACCUCCAUCUCCAGAGGGCUGUAGAUACGCGUGAGAAACACAAGAGUCUCUUAAACAUGGCCGGCUGACAGCUUCAAGCGACGUCUGUGUAACUAAACUCACAUUUAGCUUGUAUGUCAUAACAUAAACUGAGCCGUAAUGAUGUCAGAGUGCGACCCGACGGAGGCGCUGGACGCCGGAGCCGCAGCGGUGGUGCCGGCUCCACCGCGUAACGUCCGCUCCCCGGACCCUCCCAUGGUGCUGUUCGACCGGGACGGGGUAGGUCUGGGGCUGGGGUCGAACCUCGGAGGUGCCGUCCGUAUUUCUGGGUCGUGUGAGAGCGUCCUGACCGAGCUGGAGACGGACGGCUCCGGGGAGGAGACGCUGCUGUUGCCGUGUUUAGCCGGAAGCGCGUCGUCUCCGCGGGGUGUGCGGGACAAGCGCAGCCGGCGGAGCAGACACAGCUCAGCGUCCGAUAGAGACACGCUGGCCUCCCCGGGUAUAGGCAAUGGAGACUUCAACCAUUUUCCUAACGAUCCAGAGUUUGCAGAUAUUAUCCAAAGGGCGGAGCAAGCUAUUGAGAAUGGCGUCUCUCCAGAAAGGAUCUCCCAGGGUUCCAGUGGGAGCUACUUUGUCAAAGACCCAAAAGGGAAAGUCAUUGGUGUUUUUAAACCAAAGUCAGAGGAACCUUACGGUCACCUGAACCCCAAAUGGACCAAAUAUUUUCACAAGCUGUGCUGUCCGUGUUGUUUCGGCCGAGGCUGCUUGUUGCCUAACCAGGGUUACCUCUCCGAGGCCGCUGCCUCACUGGUGGAUACCAAACUCGGGCUGGGAGUUGUGCCGAAAACAAAGGUGGUGUAUCUGGCCAGUGAGACGUUCCACUACAGCGCCAUCGACAGAGCCAAAUCCAAGGGAAAGAAGUACGCCUUAGAGAUGGUCCCCAAGGUGGGAAAACGCUUCCACAGAGUGGGUCUGCCACCUAAGGUGGGCUCAUUUCAGCUGUUUGUGGAGGGUUACCGUGAAGCCGACUACUGGUUGCGGCGCUUUGAGGCGGAACCUCUGCCAGAGAACAUCAGGAAGCAGCUGCAGUCCCAGUUUGAGCGGUUGGUAGUGUUGGACUACGUUAUCAGAAACACAGAUCGAGGUAAUGACAACUGGUUGAUCAAGUAUGAGAAGCCAGGUGGUGGAGGAGGAGGAGGAGGAGGAGGAGGAGACGGACAAAAGGAUGCAGAGUGGACGGACAACAGCUCCGACUCCUGCACCAAGAUUGCAGCGAUCGACAACGGCCUGGCCUUCCCCUUUAAACACCCGGAUGAAUGGAGAGCCUACCCGUUCCACUGGGCAUGGCUCCCCCAGGCUAAGGUGGUAUUCUCCCAGGAGACCAGAGACCUGGUGCUGUCCCACCUGUCCGACAUGAACUUUGUCCAGGACCUCUGUGAGGACCUCUAUGAGAUGUUCAAGACGGAUAAAGGCUUCGAUAAAACCAUGUUUGAGAGACAAAUGUCUGUAAUGAGGGGACAGGUGUUGAAUCUGACCCAGGCGCUGAAGGACGGGAAGAGCCCCAUCCAGCUGGUGCAGAUGCCCCGGGUGGUGGUGGAGCGCAGCCGCUCAGGCGGUCAGGGACGUGUGGUCACGCUUGGCAACGCCUUCACACAAACCUUCCACUGCAAGCGCCCCUUUUUUUCCUCUUGGUAGUCAGAGAUGGGCGAGGAGGGCAGUUGAGGAGAGACUUCUGCAACCUCUCUUUUUUCCUCCUGAAGUCAGGAAGCGAGGGAGAAGAAGUGAAUAUCACACUGGAACCUGCCGAUAUUCCUUUGGGGGAGAAGAAAUGAAGACAUGAAGGAAGUAAGAAAUAUAGUAAGAAGAAGAAACUUGGCUUCUCCCCAUUCCACAUUUUGUGAAGAGAGCGCAGAGAAGCAUGGGAGACUGAGAGAUUGACAUACCAGUGUCUCCUAAAGACCAUGGGUCUGUUAGUGGUUUCCAUGGUGACUUGAUAAGAUAAUCUGCUUUUCCACAGAGGUGGGCUUUGUUUAUUGUUAGAAGGCAAAAAAUAUCUUUUUUUACCCACCCAAAGUACCUACCGAAGUACCUUGCAAGGUCUCAUAGUGGUGCUAAUGGCCAAAGAAGUAGUUACAGACAGAUCUGUGGACCACUAUGUUUGGCAAAUCUAAAGGACUGGUUUCACAGAUCUCUCCAGAAAGUGAUUUAUUUAUUUUAAAAAUCUGGGACAGAGUUGUUCCUUGCCUGGGAUUAAGUCUCAAACUAUUUGCUUUGCCUUGUAGGAUUACUUAUUGAAAUAUAGAUGUGCACUUGCACUGCUGGAAGUUUUUGACUAGUUCGAUAGAGCUGGGUCAAACUGCUUUUUACCCAGUGUUAGCUUUCAUAACCACAUCUGUUGUACAAACACAAACCCAGUGUCUUCAACUCUCAAUACUGCCAAAAUCUGUUUAUGGAAUGAGUAUUUAAUGGCCUCAAGACAAUAGAUAUUGUUGAAACUUGAAUAGGAAUUUUGGGGAAGGAGGACUAGUUAUAAACAAAUUGUUUGAAUGUAAUCUGUUUACGUCUAAACACAGAUUGUUGCUCCGAAACAUUUCAAUAUGAGUGAAUGCUGUAACAAUGAAUGUAUUUGUUAUUUGACAUGUAUUUAAUUGCUGGCAAGCAGAUUUCUCUUGAACCUUGUGGCAUGGGGGUCGGCACCUGGUCCUUGCCAUUUAUAAUAUAUAUGAAGAGGAAAAACAAAAUGGAGGACUAUGUUUCACACAUGCUCGAUGCCCUUGUGUUUUCUUAUGUAUGCAUCUUGAAAUUUCUAUUCCAACUCAAUGAUUGUAUGAGAAAAGUUGUAUAUUUAACAGAUGAAAAAUAAAAUUUGGGAAAUUUGAAA